UAUUCUGAAAAUCUGAAUCAGUUUUACCACUAAAGCACUCAGAGACACAAACGAUGGUAAUCUGACAGAUGAAACUAUUGCUGUGAGAGCUGAACGCUGCAGGGGUGUGGAUGCUGAACGCAGCCCUGAGCAUUGGCUCAGCAGGCAGCUUUCUGACCUCUGGUCUCUCUAGGAGCUUCACAGAGGAACCCUCGACCGCUCUCUGCAGGUGCAAAGUGCUUCAGAGGUUCUGGAAACUGAAGCGUGCAGGAACCACCUCAGGGACUGAAACAGGACCAGGAUGUCUGCAGGAGGGGAAGCAGCUGAUGUGGUGUACUGCCUGGCCCAGGAGCAGGACUUCCAACAGGUCCUGAACAUCUGCACGCCUGAGGACUACAACGGGCUCGACUACAUGGCCGCCUUCUUUCACCGCUGGCUGCAGGAGUCCAGACGCGUCGUCUUCAUCGCCCGGAUCAACGGCAGAGUGGUGGCGCUGGAGUCUGCGCUGCUGGUGGACGGCGGUCAGACGCUUGUGCUUCAGGGGCGCAGGGUGGUGUCCGAUCUGAGGGGCAGUGGCAUCGCCGGCGCCCUCCAGAGGCAUGUGACCAACUACGUCCGCCGCCACUACCCAGAAGUCUCUGCUGUGAGGCUGAGCCGAGGAGAUAAUCCUUCAGCGCAGACGCUUGCCAAGUACAGGCUCAUAGCGAAGGAGGCCAUCUUGUCUCUGUGCUGUGAGGUGGUCGACCUGGGCUCCUUCAUCACUGAGCUUCAAUCCAAACUUCUGCUCCGCGCCGAUUCCUCCUGUGGUCCGGUCAUGCUGAGCUGGCGGCAGGCGGAGACGCUGGUCCUGUCCGAGCACGUGGUUUCCAACCUGCUGCCCGGCAAAACCGUCAUCAACGACUGGGAGCCCUUGAAGCCGGUGGAGGCCAACCUGGAGGUACUGCAGCGCAGAGGCCUAACGUGGAUCGUAGACCGCGAGUUCAAGCCCGCUGCCCUCAGUCUGGGCACGCCACCGUACGCCGUACCCUACCGCCACAAUGCCAUGCGCCUCAACAUCAACAUCUUUGGCCGCAGUCUGGCAUCGGUGUGCGCCGUGUUUCUGGCACAGCUGGAGGCUUUCCUGCCGAGUCUUAAAGGUUACCUGGUCUGCCACACCUACGUGGAUCCUGGGCUGUGGGCGGGGUUACGUCAGUUCUGUCAGAACGAUGCAAACGUGUCAUUUUUUAAGGACUACUGGGAGGAAGUCAUACUGGAGACAGACCUCUGACUGGACUCGGCGUGACUGCUCCUCUCGGAGACCAAACCAAGCUUGAAUGUUCCGGCGGAUAUUUUGACCUCUGCCAGGAUUCCUUCAAACACUUCCAAACCUUUUGUCCUGGAUUCCCAGGAUCCCGUGAGGUUCCACAUGCAGUUUUAAUUAAAUGUUAUAGAUUUGUUUAAAAGCUUUGGGGAUGUCAGGUAUUUCAAGUGAGGAGUUCAUGGGUGUCUCUGCUGGGCCUACAGUUCUAGAAGGUUCCUAAAAGGAUCUGUAGGCCCAGCAGAGACUCCUCAGAGAGCUGCACUGGUCCUUAAGUGGAUCUGCAGCUUGUCUGAGCGUUAGUGUGAGUUUUAACAGUUCAUUAGUAAAUCAUCAUUGUCAGUCAGAGGUAACCCCUAGCAGCUGACCUAGAACCAAGGUUCUAGGUCAGCUGCUAGGGGUUCUCGUAUAGUUUCAGCAUGUUUCAGAUAUUUUCCAGUUUUCCAAAUGUUCAUAAGCCACGUGUGACAAUCGGGACGUUUUCUCUGUGUUCUUGGAGGAUUGAAAUGGCUUUGUGAGGACUUUCUUCAUCCUUGAAUGGUUAACAGCGGUGCCUCAAGUGGCUCCUCUCACUGACACGUACCUAUGACAAGAGUUUCUCUGCUAAGCAAAGCUUCAUGUUUAAAUCUAAGACUUUUAAACGUCUGAUGGACAUAAAGUGAUAUUUACUGUCUGUGUGUGACAGACACAACAGUGUCGACACGCUUGUCUGUAUGUGGAAAAUUUAUCACUUCUCUGGAAGAUAAGGUUUACUGUUUAUGAUCUCAUGUGAUGCACCUUUACCGGAUACACACCUUUAUCUUCACCUGCUGACUGACGCACAAAACCUCCUUAAAAUUCUGACUGUGUCAAUAAGUAAUCACCAGGUUGUUGCUGCUUGAAUCUAA